AUGAUAGGGGGCAUUCACUGCGAUUUGUUUCAUCAAGAUAGACUAAUGUUGAACCUUGUAGAUUUGAAACUAAAACUUAUACGGAGUAAACCCGAAUUUUGUUUACAUGGUAACGAAGGACACAAAGUGGUAUUGGAUCAUGUUUCCCUUUUCGUUCGAAAAGUUCGCGUCAGUCCAGGUAUUACUCUCGGACAUGCCAAAGCUUUAGAAAAAGCGACAGCAAAAUACCCCAUUAACAGAGUGUUGUGCAAAGUAUAUUCUGUACCGCAAGGCAGCAUGUCUAUCGUACAAGAUAACGUCUUCGUCGGGCAGAUGCCAAAACGGGUGAUUGUUGGAUGCGUAGAUAAUGAUGCUUUUCACGGAACUUAUAAGAAAUCACCUUUCGAGUUUAAUCAUUAUCACUUAAAUUUUAUCGGAGCCUAUGUGGACGGUCAGCCUGUGCCUUACAAUCCUCUCGAGCCGAAUUUUGAUGAAAAUAAUUAUAUUCGAGCUUACCAAAGCUUAUUUCUCGGAAGAGAGAAAGUGAGUCAAGAUCAUGGUAUUUUUAUAUCGAGAGACGAUUAUCCCUUAGGUUAUACAUUAUAUGCCUUUGAUUUGUCGCCUGACUUAUGUGAUGGAGAGCACAUGAAUCUAAUAAAACACAGCAAUUUACGUCUAGAAAUGAAAUUUAGAGCACCACUAUCACAAACAAUAUCUGUUAUAGUGUACAGCGAGUUUGAAAAUAUAAUCGAGAUUAAUAAAUCCAGAACUGUUAUUUACGACUUUGCAAAUUAA